AUGGGCAAGAACAGAAAGUCAAAACGCCAAUUGGUGCGUGACGAGAAGCGCGCCAAGAAGAGAGAGAGAGAAAUCGAACACGAAGAAGAGAGAGACAUCAAGAAGCAACGCCGCGAAGAGGCCCAGCAGGAAACCCUCGCCCCCGCUGCCGCCGAUUACGUUCCUCCUCCUCUGGACGGUAUCUACGACGAGAAUGCUUUUUCCAGCGCCCCCGAAGGUCGUCGUGGCCCCAACACCAACUUCGAGCGCGAGUUCUUCGGCAUGCUCGCCGAAGAGGAGCAAGAAUACUUCCGCCACGCCGACGAAUUGCUCGAGCUGAACGACUUUCCCUCCACCGAGGAGCGCGACAUCUUUCUGCAGAACGUUUACAAGGAGAUGCGCGGCAAGGAGCUCAAGCUGGCCAGCAGUCAAUCUUGCUCGCGGCUCAUGGAACGCCUCAUCCUGCUGUCCAACACCCGCCAAAAGAAGAGCCUGUUUGACGCGUUUGGCGGCCACUUCAUCUCGCUCGUCACCCAUCGCUUUGCCAGUCAUUGUUGCGAAAAGCUAUUUCUGCAGUCAGCGCCCGUCGUUACCCAGGAGCUGAGCGGCGAGUACGAGCAGGAGCCCCUCCCGGAGGGCGAGGAGGAGACGGAGGCCAUGAAGUCGUCAAUGGAAGAUCUCUUCCUGCUGACGCUGGAUGAGUUGGAGGAACAUUUGGGAUUUUUGCUCAGCGAUAGGUACGGCUCGCACGCUAUGCGCGCGCUGCUGGUUAUCCUGUCUGGAAGGCCGCUGGAUCAGGCCGGCACCAAGAGUCUGUUGCAGAGCAGGAAGAAGGAGUACAUCACGGUGGAGGGUGCGGCAGCAAAUGCGAGCGAAUUGAGCUCCCAGAUCAGAGCGGUUCCGUCGUCCUUUACGAUGGCGGUCAAGAAGAUCAUUGACGACUCCACAGCGACAAUGGAUGCCACGGCAUUGAGGGUGCUGGCGAAGCAUCCUACUGGUAACCCGACACUGCAGCUCUUAUUGGAGCUGGAGUUGACCAUGUUUGGAAAGAACAAGGAGAAGAAAGAGAAGAAGCAGAAGAAGGACGAUGACGAGGCGGAGACAAACAAGGAGGAGACACAGUCCGAAAUCUCGCUGUUGGGCAUGCUUGUGCCCGACGCGCCCGCCGCAUUUGCCGAUAACACCACCCAAGCUGCCGAGUUCGUCAACUCUAUGAUCUACGACCCGAUUGGUUCGCGACUUCUCGAAACACUCAUCACCCACUGCCCCGGUAAGAUUUUCAAGGGUCUUCAGCAACACAUCUUUGGCCCUCGUAUCCAGAGUCUGCUUCGCAACGAUAUCGCCUGCUACCCCGCCAUCAGGGUUCUCAACCGCCUGAGCAGAGAAGAUCUUGCCGACGCCGUUGAGAAGUCCUUGCCUGAGAUGGCGAGCUUCGUCGACAAGGGACGUUUCAACGUUAUCAAAACCCUUUUCGAGCGCUGCAACGUCCGCAACGGCACUGAUGAGAUCAACUCCCUUCUCAAGGCUCUUACAUCUGCUUACGGUAACGAUUGGAAGAACCUCGUGCCCAAGCUCUGCAUGCUCGACGAGGAGGUCAGCGAGGAGGAGCAAAAGCCACAGUCGACCGAGGAAGUAGGAGAGGAAGAAGCAGAGGAAAAGAAGGAGAAGCAGCAGCCCAAGUUUCAAACCCAAGAAGCCAAGAACAAGGCCUUUAUGCUCAACCACGGCUCGCAACUCGUCGCCGCCCUGCUAGCCAUUCCCGGCCAACCCUCAAAGGCCAUUCAAUCGUCACUUGCUGCCCUGAAGCCAGCACAGGUUAUGAAGAUGGCCACCACCUCGCAUAACACCUCUUCAAUCCUCAUCAAGGCUCUUCAGACACCCGCCAUAACCCCGACCUUCCACAAGGUCCUCGUGUCGUCCCUUCUUCCGCACGUAUACGAGCUCGCCACAUCGCAGCACGGUUCUGCCAUUCUCAACGCAAUCAUCACUCUGCCAUCCAAGCCGGCCGAGCCUAACGCGCCUGCGGUCCCCUUCCACAUGAAGGAGAACAUCAUCUCGCAACUAGCGCAAUACGAACGUGAUCUCAGGGAGACGUGGCUGGGACGCAACGUUUGGCGGACGUGGAAGGGUGACAUGUGGAGCCACAGACGCCAUGACUGGGUCAGGUGGGCGAAGGAGACGGACCCCGAGACGGCGAGAGUAGCUGCGGCACCCAAGAAGAGGGAGGACAAGGAAAAGGAGGAGGCCGAGAAGAAACCUAAGGGAUAUCUGGGAAAGAACUUUGAUCCGAAGAAGGCCAAGGGGUUUGCAGGGAAUAAGAAGUUUGAGAAGAAGGAGGUGUCGGCAUAAAGGUGGAGUAAACGGAUG